UGUUGAACCAUUUCCACCUCUCUCUUUCUCUCUCUUCCGCUCAAAAAUUAGGGUUUUCAGCUUUCGAAAACUCAACUUAUCUUCUCCCUUUCACUCUCCACAAUGACCAAUAACGACAUCAAUAUGUCCACCAUCGCCGCCGCCCUUAAUUCAGGGGACAAUUCAGCAAUUCUUAACGCUAUUAAGGCUGCAAAAGCUGCGAAUGAUAUUCUUGAUAAAUUACCGCCUAAUGUUCUGAAGCGUGUCGAGGUUUUGAGGCAGAUUCAGAGUGACCAUGAUGAACUUGAAGAGAAAUUCUUCGAGGAAAGAAGAGCACUUGAAGAUAAAUACCAGAAACUAUACCAACCACUCUACACAAAGAGAUAUGAGAUUGUUAAUGGCGUUGUUGAAGUUGAAGGAGUUGAUAGUAAACCAGCUGCAGACUUAGGAGCAGAUGAAGCUGCUGAAGAGAAAGGAGUGCCUAAUUUCUGGCUCACUGCAAUGAAGACUAAUGAAGUUCUGGUUGAAUCGAUCCAGGAACGUGAUGAAGAAGCUCUCAAAUAUCUAAAAGAUAUUAAGUGGUCUAGGGUUGAAUUGCCCAAGGGUGACGAUCAAAAGGGUGAUGCUUCCAAGGGAUUCAAGCUUGAAUUUUUCUUUGACCCUAAUCCUUAUUUUACAAAUUUAGUUUUGACAAAGACAUACUACAUGAUUGACGAGGAUGAACCUAUUUUGGAGAAAGCCAUCGGGACGGAGAUAGAGUGGUGUCCAGGGAAAUGUCUGACCCAGAAGCUUUUGAAAAAGAAGCCAAAAAAGGGAUCUAAGAACGCCAAACCAAUUAUAAAAACAGAAACUGUUGAGAGCUUUUUCAAUUUCUUCAGCCCCCCUGAUGUCCCAGAGGAUGAAGAGGAGAUUGAUGAGGAUGCUGCGGAUGAGUUACAAUCUCUUAUGGAGCAAGAUUAUGAUGUUGGGUCAACAAUUCGUGAAAAAAUAAUUCCACAUGCCGUGCAUUGGUUUACUGGUGAAGCUGCUCAGGAUGAUGAGUUUGAGGAUCUAGGUGACGAUGAUGAAGAUGAAGACGAUGACGAAGAUGAGGACGAUGAUGAUGAAGAUGAAGACGAAGAUGAUGAUGAUGAUGAUGAGGAAGAUGACAAGCACAGCCACCAGAAGAAGAGAGGUACAAAGGCACUAGGAGCAGCUGCCCAGCAGCCGGGGGACAGGCCACCGGAGUGCAAACAGCAGUGAUUAUAUUGUGGGUUUGUUGAUUGAUGUGUCGAUUGAGGAAGAGCAGCAAAGUUUUGGAUUAUCUUUUUUCCCCCCUUCAUUUGUUAUUAAAAAAAUAUCGAAGGAUGCCAUACAGUAGUAGUUUCUAGUGUUUUGCACUUUCAUUUUUCAGGAUGAGACAAAUGGGAUCAAUUACUUCACAAAUGGUGUGUAAUAGGUAACUUGUUUAAACAAAUAUCUAUAUAUCUUAAAUUGGUGAAGCAUUGCUCUGCCGAGAUUUUUUUAA